AUCGCGAGCAUUGUAAAGGCAUUUUGCGCCGGGUUUCUUCCCUUCUUAUCUUUACUUUACGUACAUAUUAUAUACAAUAUAUACAAAAACGCUGCGUCAAUGGAAAUAAAAGUGGGACUUUGAAAAAUAAAAGCAUAACAUCUCGGUUUACUCUUACAUUUAAUAAGUGAGAUAAAAACGAAGCAAAACAGUGAAACUUAUAUGAAAAGACAGUGUAUUCUUACAAUUCAAAAAAAUUUCAGUAACUAUGACUCAACCAAAUUCCCAAUUUGUCUUCGACUUCAAGAAGUUGAAGCAGACCUUCAGUGAGAUCUGUCCGGACUUUAAGGAGGAGCCCAGCUAUGAGAACGCCACGACCAGUCGUCGCUUCGCCCAGGAGGUGAUCUUCACCUUCAGCAAGGAGGCGGCGGCAGCCAAGUCCCAGAAGAAGGACGAAUCCUGGUCGAUGCGAAUGGAUGUGAAGAACGCAAAGGGCACUCCGAUCCGAAGCGAGGUUCGGAUCCAGACGCACUGGAUCCGCGAUCCGCCGCAGAGCCAGCCCUUCGUGGUGCGGGGUGUCCUGCUGUUGUCCUUCAAGCAGGCCAGUCUGCUGGCCGUGGAGAAGUAUUGCCAGCUGGUUCCCCACCAGGUGGAACGCGGCGAGGUGGUGCUCACUCCGCUGGCUGGAGCAGUGUUCUCGAAGUUCGAAAUGCCCAAACUGGCCGAGGCACUGGGCGAGCCGCUCGCCGAAGUUGUUGUGGCCGUCAUCAGCAGCUGCCAAACGGAUGGUUACUAUCUGGAGCACAGUCGCUGCCACAUCGCCCUGGUUGCCCUCAUCAAGACGGUGUCGGACCUUAAGAUGCGUGCCUCCCUUGUCAAGAAGACCAUCAAAAUGUACAAGCUGCACGGCAAGGAAUUCGACAUGGACAAGUUCAAGAUGUGGAGCGAGUUCUUGAGGAAAUCUGCUCCUCCUAAGCGUCGGUGUAACAGUGAUGGUGAUGAUUUCGACAAGCUUGCCGAGCAGGUUCUUGCCUUCCAGGCUGAUGUGAGUCAAAAUAAACGCGGACCCAUGAAGUGCGCCGCCAACUUUUCCACGCCACCAACUGAAUCCGCCAGCGUUUGAAGUACUGAAUGAAGUUGUACUUACAAUGAAACUGGAUUUAAAACCAUACUUGCGAUUGGCGAAGCCAAUUGUGUUCACAUUGAACAAACCAACUGAACCUAAUGAGAAUACUUUGUUUGUUACAUUGAAAUAUUCACUAGAUAUUAUCUAUCUUUUGUGUAAACAUCUACAAAACAUCUCAAUAAAAUGCAGUUUUUUUCUGUUCAGUGUA